AUGAAGUCAUCGUCUCGGUCACCUAUCAGUCCGGCGAGCACAUAUUCCUCACCCUAUACACCACUUAGUCUUCGCUCCUUCCCCACACCGUCUAGCUCAACACUCACUACCCCGGGGUCAGUCACUGGCUCGAAGGGGUUUCCUGCCCUCCAAUCGCCUGAAUGUGAAGCACCUUGCAAGUUGGCCAGCGAGAGUUUGGCGGACGCUGGUGCGAACUGGCGUUCGCGUGCGAAUGAGAAUGGCAUCAAGGUCGCCCUCGCCUCAGAUUCUAGUUUUGGGAACGAUGAAGAAGUUGAUGACCCCCCCUUUUCUGAUGCGAGGUCAACAGCUUUCGUAAACGACGCAGUUCUUCUGCCGGCUCCACUCCUCACAGGUCAUAGGCGCUCCCGGACGCAGUCGAACAUCUCUCUGGCAUGUGCGGCAACCCAGCAAGUGCAGACUCCUGCCAGGCGGACCCUCGGGGUGCUGAACACGCCGCCACCCAAGCCAUCCAAUUCCAAUGAAUUAAAAGUUAAUGGAAGCUACACCGCCCCUGCCCUUCUACAUCGCCGCCGCCCUUCUUUUGGACAGAUAUCAGCGGAACUGUUCGACAUCGACGAAAAUGCUCCUGAGCCCUACCCUCAGUCUUUCCCUACUGCUUCCCAAUCUUUGAUUUUGCAAGAUCCUUUCAACGCUUGCCCAUUAUCAACAAUCCCUGAAUCUAUUCCGCAAGAUUUCUGCCCUGCGUACCCUGACAUGCACAUUAACGCUAUCACCAAGCCAACCAUUUCAUCCUGCCUUGUUUGUGGCCGCUCAGGUGGCCGACUCGUUGUUAUCGAGCCCUGUAAACACCCUCAUUGCAACGCUUGUUUUACCAGCGCACUCAACAUUGUCGGCGAGAAAGAUAUGGAAUGUGCUGUUUGCAAGGCGUCAGUUCUCAAUUUUGCCUUCCACACUGUCCCUUGCUGCGAAACCGAUCCAUCGCCUUCAAUCACCCUACAGAGCAACCAGAUGCCAUCGUUUUUCGACAGCGUGGCGCCUCCCCUACAGCAGCGCUCCUCAAGGGGAGAUUAUCCAUUCUCUCUCAAUGUUUCUAACUCGAAACCCUUACCAUCACUGAUGAGCGCAAUGUCGCUCUACAGCACAUCCCGCAACCCUUCGCCGACAGGUGUCCCAACCCCCACGCAAAGAAACGAAAAUAUUGUCCUUCGUAUAGACAAUGUUCCUUGGGAUAUCACACCUCCCGCUAUCGCUGCUUGGCUGAAGCAUCCAGUCGUCCGUGUCCAUGUUCUUUUAGACCAGCGCGGGAAGACUCUUAGUCAUGCUUAUGUUGAACUCACAACGGAAGACAUCGCAAAAACUGCACUGCGCGAAGUGCAGAAUUCGGUCCUUGGAAAAGGAAAACGGGCACGUGGCGUUACUGUUACGCGCAGUAGCCAAGAAGAGCUUAUGCGGGCGCUAUUCCCAUCAUGGAAAGGCGCCUUCGACGGUUGUCGGCCAACGCUUUCAGGACUGGGACCGGAGCAUCUUGCUGUCGUGGUCACGACAGGUGUCGUGACGGUCACUGAACUUGAUGCUUUGAUGCGACUUAUACAAUCCCCGGAUUCUCACUUCCUGAAAGUGCCUUCCCUUCCGUUCUACUUCCUCAUCAGCAUUUUGUCGAAAUUUCCUGCCGAGGUCGAAAGCAUGGCGUAUUGGUCCGCUGGUGUAAGAGAUGCGCUAUUUGGCUUGACAUACAAUGCUCUGAACAUUUUAGCUGCACGUUGCCAAGAGCGUGGACAGGCGGACGACCUUCAGCUCCUUAACGACCUCUUAGAAGUCGGUAUCUCAUGUCACGCAUUCACCGCUCAGCAACUCGAGAUGAUGAUGGCCGUUGAGCUUGCCUGCAAAAGUGCUCAAACCACCACACACAGAUUAUCUCCGAGUUAUAUCUUUUCUAAUGCCACAUCCAUUCCGUUGGAUAGUGGUUGCACGGGGUCACCUUACAGUGCAAUUGCGAGGGAGUUUGGCGUCAAUGAAGAAUUCGUCCAAGCGCUAGCCCAUCGAUUGGGUGGCCUUUUCUGA